ACGCUACAAUUCCAUCUCGCCUAUCUGUGCGUGAGCGGGCGUGUGGCCGGAGCAAGCCCCGGGGCGGAAGCCGAGCCGAGCCACGCCAUCCGUUACCACCCGAGCAAGAGCAACGUCAUCCCAGUUCCCACCAGCCCUCCCCACCCUUACCCCCUCCGUGGCUCCGUCGCGCGCUGCCGCGCUGCUUCCGACGCACGCGAGCCCCGCAUCCGCAUCCGCAUCCGCAUCCGAAUCAGCACACGAUCCCCGCGCCACUUGUCCCGUCACCCCAACCCCGCAGUCCGCGCCUCCGCUCGUCGGCCAGUGCCCGGCGCGCGAUGAGAUGAGAUGACGCCUCCGCGCGGCGGUGCUGGGCCUCGCAUCCCUCGCGCGCACCAGCACUCGCGUCCGUCCGGGUACCUCCUCCCCUCCCAAAGCCCCACCCAACGUUUAUUCCCUCCCCCACGGCAACGCUGACGCUUCCGUCGUCCCGUCCCGUCUCGUCGCAUCCGGCUGCUCGCCUAUUUAAGGCGCGCCGGCUGAGAGCCAGCGACAAUGCUCUUCUUCUCCAGGAGGCCGCUCGCCGCCGCUCUCCACCUAGCUCCCCUCUCGCCUCCCCUGCUCCUCUUCUUCGCGUCCGCGUCCUCGUCGUGUUCGUCCGCCGUUGCGUCGGCCUCCGGCCCGAGAGGUUGCAGUGCUGUAAGCAUGGACAGCGGUGCGGUAGAGUCAGCAUCCACUGGGGCAGUAUGGUCAACACCUUCUGCAGAACCGAGAAGCAUUUCCGUUGGGAAGGAGAUAUUCUGCAAUAGGUCACUAAAUAUGAGGAACAUCACUGCAGUGGGAUUUGAUAUGGACUACACUCUUGCGCAGUACAAGCCUGUGACCUUUGAGGCCCUUGCUUACUAUGGUACAAUAGAGAAGCUUGUGAAGCAUCUGCACUACCCUGAGGAGCUGUUAACAUGGCAGUUUGAUUGGAAAUAUAUGGUCAGAGGACUAGUUCUUGAUAAGAAGAGAGGAAAUAUCUUAAAGAUGGAUAGGCACAAGUACGUAAAAGUUGCAUACCAUGGAUUUAGGGAACUGUCAAAGGAAGAAAAAGUUGCUGCUUACGGGAGUACAUUGAUAAGAGAUUCAUUUGAUGAACCUGAUUAUGCCCUUAUAGAUACACUUUUUUCAUUGGGUGAAGCCUAUCUAUUUGCUCAGCUCGUUGAUUUCAUGGACAAUAAUCCUGGAAAAGUACCUGCAGGCACUGACUAUUCACUUAUGUAUAGAGAUGUGAGGUCUGCAGUUGACUUGUGUCAUCGUGAUGGAACUCUAAAGCGGAUGGUUGCAAAGGAUCCUGGCAGGUACAUUAAUGAGGACUUAGCAAUUGUACCAAUGCUUGAAAUGAUCAGAAAAUCUGGACGUUCAACAUUCUUGGUGACAAAUAGUUUGUGGGACUACACCGAUGUUGUCAUGAACUACCUUUGUGGAUCAUACACCUCAGAUGUAGGCUCUGGUCUCAACCACAAAUGGCUUGAAUAUUUUGAUGUUGUAAUAACAGGCAGUUCAAAGCCAAGUUUCUUCCACGAUGAUAACCGUGCAGGACUGUUUGAAGUUGAGCCUGAUUCUGGAAAACUUCUAAAUGCUGAUAUUCAGAUUGGAAGCCCAAGAUCAAGUCACCAGCAUUCAAAACCAGUUCACAAAGUUUACCAGGGAGGCAAUGUCGGGCAUCUUCAUAGAUUACUUUCUGUUGCUUCUAGUUCGCAGAUCCUCUAUGUUGGUGAUCACAUAUAUGGAGAUAUUCUGCGCAGCAAGAAAGUUCUGGGUUGGCGGACUAUGCUGGUAAUACCAGAGCUGGAGCAAGAGGUGAAACUUCUUUCAGAAUCAAAGUCUACUCGGAAGGAGCUUAGACGUCUUAGGAUGGAGCGUGAUUCAAUUGAAGACAGAAUCCAUCAUCUUGAAUGGUCCCUCAAAUUCGAAGAUCUUACAGAAAAUCAGAAGUUGUUCUCUGAACAUGACAAUCUGCUGCAAAAGCGAGAGCAUGUCCGCCACCUUCAUCAAGAUGCUCAGAGGCAACAUCAUCAGAAGUUUCAUAAGGUGUGGGGACAGCUUAUGAAGACUGGGUACCAAAAUUCUCGAUUUGCUCAUCAGGUCGAGAGAUUUGCAUGCCUGUACAGCAGCCAAGUUACAAACUUCGGGUUAUAUUCCCCCAACAAGUACUAUCGUCCGAGCGAAGAUUACAUGCCCCAUGAGUUCGAUGUGCUUUAGCUGUAAGAGCAGUCUCUGCUGCAUCUCAAAGUUCCCCGUUGUAAUUGACCCGCAGCUGGAUAGGGGUGUGAUUUUAGUUGCGACAUUGAAUAAACAUAGUGUAGUCGCCGUAUUAUACCUCUAAACAACGGUGAAGUUUAUCGGGUGCUUCACCCAUUAGUCAUGUUAACAGAAAGGAGAAAGGGUGGAGGUUUAUCUAUAGUAACUACAGUUUCGCAUAGAAGAAGAGUAACUUUGCAUGUAUCUUUUUGUACAUAACAUGGUUUAAUAAGAAGCAAAGGAAAGCAAUGUCGAUCA